AUGACAAUUCCACGCCUGGAAUUGAUGGGUUGUUUGCUGCUUGCUCGUUUACUAUCCGCCAUCUUACCUACGCUGUCCGAAUAUGAUUUACAAGAAAUUCGACUCUACACCGAUUCCAAGACUGCCUUGGAUUGGAUCAACACACCCACAUACAAAUUGCAGAUUUUUGUUGCCAACAGAGUACAGCAAAUUACUCAGUUAACAAAACUUGAGUCAUGGCAUCACGUUACUUCUGCUAACAACUGUGCAGAUAUUGCUUCGAGAGGCUUGACUCCCGCUGAAAUCGUCUCCUGCCAUGAUUGGUGGCACACUACCAAUGCGUUUCGUUGUCUCGCCACUGACUUUCCCGUGUCCAAUCAUCUUGUUUCCAACAUUGUACCUGAGAUGAAAACUAACCCGCUGUACAUUCUCGCUACUGUUGAAGAAACAAUUGAGAAUCGUUUGUAUACUGCUAUAGAACGUGUAUCCAAAUUUGGAAAGCUAUGUCGUAUUUUUGUCUACAUGCUAAGAUUUGUCAACCGCAUCAAACCAGCCCGUUAUGAAUAUCGCUGCAAAAUAGUCAAACAGAUUGAAACCUGUGAAACGCCUGCCUCAAUUGACACCACCGCCUGUGAAGCUGAAAUAGCUAGAAAACUCAUUGUUCAUGUUGUGCAAUGGGAUAAAUUUCAGAAGGAAAUAACAGAGUUGAAAGCUGGAAAAUGUCCUAAGCAUCUACUAACGUUGCAACCGUACAUUGAUGAUUACGAUUUGAUACGCUUAUCUGGUCGUCUUGAGCACGCUCCGAUUUCUAGUGAAGCUAGAAAUCUAUUAUUGCUGCCGAAAAAUGAGCAUGUAUCCUCACUCAUCAUUCGACACAUACAUCUUCAAAAUUGUCAUGCCGGUCCCCGCACCACACAAGCAGCUGUUUGCCAACAGUAUUGGAUAAUCUCUGCCCGCAAUCAAGUUCGCGCAUAA